AUGGAUAUUGCCGGCAACAUUGAAAUCCGGAGACUGCUGUUGAUAAUCGGUGGGGUGGUUGUUAUUGUAGUUGUAUCUCAGUGUUCCGAGCUUCCCUCUGUUUUUGCCAAUGUUAGCAGCUCAAACAAUUCAAAGCCUAGCAAGUCUAAUGUUGGUGUUGUAGUGGGCCUAGUGGUUAAUGAUACUGAUGUUUCAGAUUCGGCACCAGGCGGUGACAGUAAUUCACACAAGGAGCUCAUGUUGGAGAAGAAUUUAACCCUUGAUGAGAAUUUUCUGGAGGGGACGGAUAGAAAUGCAGAUGAUAUUUCUGUUCAGGAAAAGACACUCGAUUUUAGAAAUGAUUCCUUACAGAAGACUGAUAAAACAGAUGAAAGUUACAAGGCAGACAAUGGACCUAAAACAAGCUCUGGUUUUAACAAGAUUGAGAAUGCUCCCAUCAUAAGGAACAAUCCAGGACUUAGUGCUUCUGUUUUACGAAAUCUUUCCAAAUUCAUAAGGAGUUAUGACUUGAUGGAUCACAUGCUCAAAGUUUAUAUCUACAAGGAAGGUGAGAAGCCUGUAUUCCAUCAGCCUUUGAUGAGAGGAAUUUAUGCCUCAGAAGGGUGGUUUAUGAAACUAGUUGAGGGGAAUAAAAAAAUGUCAAAAAUGGAUCUUGGAGGAAAACCUGCUUCAGAAAGAUCUAUUCUUGCCUUCUUCGUCGGGGGCAUGCAUGGAUAUCUCCGACCAAUUCUACUACACUACUGGGAGAACAAAGAACCUGACAUCCAAUGCCACGUGAUAUUGAAAGCAAAAGAAUUUACGGGGAAUACAUGA